CUUCUCUAGGCUGCUCAACUCCUUCGGCUCAGUGGUGCCCUUUCUCCAUCUUCAACGCCGGCGUGGGUUGCAUCUGACUAUUCUUCCGUUGUUACAUCUCACUCUGAUUCUGCUCUUCUGCCUUACUUUUUGACUUUGAAGAGGACCCUGGUGAUUACACUGGUCCCCACCAAUAAUCCAGGAAGAGCUUCAUAUUUUAAAGUCAGCUGAACAGCAAGCGAAAUCAUGGCAGCCAAUGAAGAUAACAAAAAACAAGCUCUUAAGGAGUGUUGUCUAGAUGAAGAAUUUAUGCAAGAUGAACAAAACCAGAAAUUAAUUGAUGAAAUUGCCAAGGAAAAUAUUCUAUUAACGAAGGAGAUCCAAAAACUUGAAGCUGAAUUACAAGAGGCCACCAGAAAUUCCCAGAUUAACGAGGAUAUUCCUGAAACAAAGAUAAAGUUCACGUCUGUAGAGAAUCCUGAGAGUGACAGCCAGUUUUCAAAUAUCUCCUAUUCAUGUCAAGUGAGCUCAAAAGUCCCUUAUGAGCUACAAAAAGGGCAAGCCCUUAUCACCUUUGAAAAAGAAGAAGUUGCCCAAAAUGUGAUCAGAAGGGGGGGACAUUAUGUGCAGCUACAGGAUGUAAACGUGAAGAUGAUGGCCAAACCGGUCACAUUAAACUCAGGAGUCAGAUUCCAGGUUCAUGUAGAAGUGUCUAAAAUGAAGGUCAACGUUACUGAAAUUCCUGAUAUAUUGCCUGAAAGUCAGAUGAGAGACAAGCUAGAACUGAGUUUUUGUAAGUCCCGCAACGGAGGCGGCGAAGUGGAGAGCGUGGAGUACGAUAAGCAGUCCGGAAGUGCCGUCAUCACAUUUGUGGAGAGCGGAGUUGCUGACAAGAUUUUGAAAAUGAAAGACUAUCCUCUUUAUAUAAAUCAAAACUGCCAUAGAGUUAUUGUUUCUCCAUACACAGAAACACACUUGAAAAAGUUUCAGGUAUUUUCAGGAGUAGCUAAGAGGACGGUGCUGCUGACAGGAAUGGAAGACCUUCAGAAGACAGAUGAAGAAACUGUAGGGGAUUUCAUUAACAUUCACUUUCAGCGGGAGAAGAAUGGAGGUGGAGAAGUAGAGGUGGUCACAUGUUCUCUGGGGCAAUCUCACAUAGCAUACUUUGAAGAAUAGACUCAUGGAAUCAUAUGAAAAUUAGAGCUUCUGCACCCAAAUCACUGUCAGUGCUUGACAAAAAUGAAUAUCCUUUUCCGUAAAAAAAAUUAAUUCUUUGGUGUUCAAUUAUAUUUAGAUACAAAAUAUAUUUCUGUUUUUGAAUUCUUCCUUGUUUCCAGCUGUGCUGCAUAUCUGCAAACAUAAGUGCACUGUUAUUAAAAACAUUUUUGUUCUUAAAUUAUGUGGGUUGGUUCCACGUCCGCUGAAAUCAACCGUAAGUUAUCCAGUUGUCCGCCUGCCAUGUUGGCUCAGCCUGUUGUGGUCUUGUGGGCCAAUUCUGUUUCACACCCAGAUUCAUCAAUAAGCAGACUUGACUCUUAAACAGUUCCCAAGAGUAAUGUUAUGUUUAGCAGUUUGUGAUUUACAUAGACCUUCCUUACUUUUUAAAAGACUUGAAGAGCAAUACUCUUCCACUUUACCCAGCAUUUCGUUCCACAGCUCCAAAGCUAUUUCUCAGAGCCAACUGUGAUCUUUUUCUUGAACUUUCUUUCACUGAGAAUGCCAAGUGUCCCCUUAUUACUUUCAAGACAUCUCCUCUCCGACCUGAAUUUGUAAAGACCAGAAUUUUCUUUUACACUUAUAAUGGAAAGAAUCAAUUUAAGGGACUGAAAACCUUGGAAUUAAGAGAGAGAAAUGCAAAGCUAGGGGCUGACCGCACGUUGUGCCAGAUGCUGGAGAAUGAAUACCUGAAGAUCAAAACACUGUGCCUGCCCCUCAGGGCCUUAAAAUUUAGUCAGAGAGAAAUGGAGUUUAUUAGCAUCCCACUGUUUUUAAAUUGCAGAAACUGUAACGGUAGAAUUCAAGAUUCCUAUCAGAGAAGGUAAAAUUCUCUUUGGUAAAGAAUGUUUGGACCGCUUUUAUCCUAAUAUGGUCUGUUUCAUAAGAGCCAACAGCAAAAUUAAAUUCAUAUUAAAAUGCUGGCAGAAAUGAAGUGCUUUUAGAAAAAAGUCUAAACCUAAACCUAUCCAGUGCUGCCUGCCAUCUAAAAUAAACAAAGAGAAAAGCUGAAAAAAAAAAA